GCAGCAACAUUUGCGUGUGACUUUAAGAAAUAUAGCUUUUUUAAAUUAUCACGUUAGGUAAAGGCACAGGUAAUGGCUUCCAAUGCUAGCAACGCUGGAAAACCAGAGACGGUCGACCUGGUAAAGCUGAGUCCUGAGCAGUUAUUGCAGAUCAAGCAAGAAUUCGAGCAGGAAAUGACCAACAUACAAGAGUCGUUAUCCACCUUACAUGGCUGUAAGGCCAAAUACGCUGGCUCGAAAGAAGCACUGGAGUCCUUUCAAUCCAAUUGGCAGGACCGCCAUAUACUUGUGCCCCUUACUAGCAGUAUGUACGUGCCCGGUCGGAUCAAGGACCUAAACAAUUUCAUAAUAGACAUUGGCACCGGCUAUUUCAUCGAAAAGGAUUUGGAAGGCUCCAAGGACUACUUUAAGCGUCGCGUAGAUUACGUGCAGGAGCAGAUCGAGAAAAUCGAAAAGAUACAUAUGCAAAAGACGCGAUUCCUCAACUCUGUGAUGAGCGUGCUCGAUCUAAAGCAGGAGGCGGCUCUAAAAUUGCACCAACAACAGCAACAAAAGUCCGAACAGACUGCCUAGGCAUAACGCAGGAAUCGAUUACAGUUAGUCGAGUGGGCGACGCAGAACAAAGAUUAAAUUAUUGAACUUUAAACAAUAUUUUUGCAUUUAAUUAACAUAGUUCAUUAAAUUGUUUAACUAUUUUUUGGCCUGAUCUAA